UCGGGUAGUGACGGAGGCGAAAGGCGAGCAAGAUGGCGGACUGAGCAGCCGCGCGCUUCCCCUUGUCAAAUCACCAUAAAACUGUUGUAUAGAUUCACAGCGAGUAUGCUAACAGAUACCUUAUAUAUUCGCGUUUUCCCCAAGCUAACGACAAAAAGUUGAGUUUGGAGCGAUAAGAGUGUUUUCUGAAGUGAAGAUUGAAGACGUGAUAGAAGAUGGACGACUACUGCUAUGCUAAGAUGGCGACGUCAUGUCAAAGAGAACAUUCCAGCAAAUCACCGACGGAGAUAAAGACGGAAGAUGAAGACAUCCAGCAGCUGAUUGGUCAUCCAGAAGAACUUCCCCCUCAUUCGGCAGAAGGGAGCUCCACUUUGAAGCAGGAGACUCCACAACCACCCUGCAUUAAAAAGGAAGAGGAGGAACUCUGCAUCACUCAGGAGGGAGAGUGUCUUCUAGGACGAGAGGAAGCUGAUUACACCAAGUUUCCACUGACUGUUGUCUCUGUGAAGACUGAAGAUGAUGAAGAGAAACCACAAGUAGACAACCUCUUAGCUCCACUAUCAGAUAGUGAGGCUGAAGACGAGGUUGAAGAACCUUUGAGCAGCGAUACAGACUGUGAAGGUGAUACGAUUACUCACACCGACAAACACUGCGAUCGCUUUAAAAAGAAGAGCGGUAAAACAUGUUUGAGUUGCCCAGUUUGUGUGAAAAGCUUUACUAAAAAGAGCCAUAUAACAGACCACAUGAGAACACACACAGGAGAAAAACCGUUUAAUUGCUCAGUUUGUGGAAAAAGCUUUACUCGAAACAGCUAUUUGAUUCCACACAUGAGAAUACACACAGGAGAAAAACCAUUUAAGUGUUUGAUUUGUCUUAAACGUUAUCCUACAAAGUGCAGUCUGACUGAACACAUGAGAAUACACACAGGAGAAAGUCCAUUCAGUUGUUCGAUUUGUGGCAAAAACUUUUUCAUAAAGGGCUAUUUGACUCAACACAUGAGAACACACACCGGAGAGAAAUCAUUCAUUUGCUCUGCUUGUGGAAAAGGCUUUGCUUCGAGACAAAGUUUAAAUCGACACACAAUGACACACACAGGAGAGAAACCCUUUAGUUGUUCCAGUUGCAGUAAAAGGUUUCAUCAAAAGUGCAAUUUGAUUGAACACAUGAAAAAACAUACAGGGGAAAGAACAUCUAAAUGUUCAGUUUGUGGUAAAAGCUUCUUUCAAGACAGUUAUUUGCGUCAACACAUGAAAACACACACAGGAGAUAAAACAUUCAACUGUUUAAUUUGUGGAAAGGGCUUUUCUUUAAAAAGCAAUUUGGCCGAACACAAGAGAACACACACAGGCGAGAAACCAUUCAAUUGUUCAGUUUGUGGUAAAAGCUUUACCCGGAAAGGAUAUUUGACUCAACACGUGAGAUCUCAUACAGGAGAAAAACCAUUUAACUGCUCAGUUUGCGGCAAACGUUUUUACAUAAAAAGUGUUUGGACCCAACACAUGAGAAGACACACCGGGGAAAAGCGAUUUAGUUGUUCGGUGUGCUGCAAGAGGUUCCAUCAAAAUUCUGACGCAUUAAAACACAUGAGAACACACAAGGGCGAAUAACAAUUCAGCUGUUUAGUUUGUGAUGUGUUGCUCAUAUGUGGGCGACAUCCACAAAAAUCCAAGGUCCCUUUGAAGUAAAUUCACUGCUCCUUUCAUAAAUAUCAGAGGUAUUCGUGAAGGUCGGGAUUAUCCGGAGUAGAAUCUUAUCUCCUCAUGACUCCCAUGUCGUCUGUGUAUCUGCAACCUUCUUGACUAGUAAGAUAGAUGAUGCUUGUAGUGUUUGGUUGCUUUAUCAGACAUGACAGACAUGAAGAGCCUAGCUGGGGAGGAAUUGUAGUCUUCAAUGAUGCCUGACUUUGACCUUCUACAUCAUGGAUCGGUCUGUUCCCCUAGAACAUGGGUGUCAAACUCUGGCCCGCCGUGUAAUUUAAUUUGGCCCUUGAGGCAAUUUCAAUUUAGCAUUAGAUCUGGCCCGCCGGUGUUAUAGAGCGUCGGUGCCACUGUAACACCGCAUUCACCGCUAAUACUCAUACUUGCCAACCCUCCUAAUUUUCCCGGUAGACUCCCGAAGUUCAGUGCCCCUCCCAAAAAUCUCCCGGGCAACCAUUCUCCCGAAUUUCUACCGAUUUCCACUUGGACAACUAUAUUGGGGGCGUGCAUUUAAGGCACUGCCUUUAGCGUUCUCUGCAACCUGUCGUCACGUCCGCUUUUCCUCCAUACUAACAAUCAAUCAAUCAAUCAAUGUUUACUUAUAUAGCCCUAAAUCAUUAGUGUCUCAAAGGGCUGCACAAACCACCAAGACAUCCUCGGUAGGCCCACAUAAGGGCAAGGAAAACUCACACCCAGUGGGACGUCGGUGACAAUAAUGACUAUGAGAACCUUGGAGAGGAGGAAAGCAAUGGAUGUCGAGCGGGUCUAACAUGAUACUGUGAAAGUUCAAUCCACAAUGGAUACAACACAGUCGCGAGAGUCCAGUCCAAAGCGGAUCCAACACAGCAGCGAGAGUCCCGUUCACAGCGGAGCCAGCAGGAAACCAUCCCAAGCGGAGGCGGAUCAGCAGCGCAGAGAUGUCCCCAGCCGAUACACAGGCGAGCAGUACAUGGCCACCGGAUCGGACCUGACCCCCUCCACAAGGGAGAGUGGGACAUAGAAGAAAAAGAAAAGAAACGGCAGAUCAACUGGUCUAAAAAGGGAGUCUAUUUAAAGGCUAGAGUAUACAAAUGAGUUUUAAGGUGAGACUUAAAUGCUUCUACUGAGGUGGCAUCUCGAACUGUUACCGGAGUACUGGAGCCCGAACGGAAAACGCUCUAUAGCCCGCAGACUUUUUUUGGGCUUUGGGAAUCACUCAUAAGCCGGAGUCCUUUGAACGCAGAUUUCUUGCAGCGUGUCACAUACUAUUUGUGGUUCUUACACACACACAUACACACGCACAAGUGAAUGCAACGCAUACUUGGUCAACAGCCAUACAGGUCACACUAAGGGGGGCCGUAUAAACAACUUUAGCACUGUCACAAAUAUGCGCCAUACUGUGAACCCACACCAAACAAGAAUGACAAACACAUUUCAGGUGAACAUCCGCACCGUAACACAACAGAACAAAUACCUAGAAUCCUUUGCAGCACUAACUCUUCCGGGAAACUCCCAGCAAACUGACCAAUAAUUAACGUUUUAUUCAUCCCUUUUCUCUUGCUACUUCAAGGCUUGAAUGUUUGGUUCAUUCAUUAUUGUUAUUUUAUUUUCAAAUGUAUUACUAGCCUGUGGAAAAAAAAUUAUAUCUAUCUCAGAAGAUUGCAAAUAGAAAAAAAGGCAUAACAUUUUUAUUUAAAUUUUAUUUGAUAUGCCAUUGAUAUUUUUUUAAUUAUACUUAUUAUUGUUUGAAACUGGAUUUUGCAUGUCACUAAAGUUAUAUAAGCCUUGCUUGUUCAAUAUUUAAUACAAAACUUGUUUGGGUCCCUAUUAAAAGGUUAAUUUGUUCAACCUUG